AUGCCUGAAAAUCCAGGAAAAUCUCGAAUUCCAUGGUUUUCAGCGCAAAAUUUCAGUAUAAAAACAAAGGGACUAGAAUUUGCAUUUUGAAAAAACUAGUCCCCCGAUUUUUAUUUGACUUGAAUUUUGUGCUGAAAAUUAUAGAAAAUUGUGAUUUUUAGCAUUCUCAUCAUUUUCAGCACAAAAUUCUGGUCUAGAAAAAACUAGGGAGGACUAGGUUUUGCAAAUUGCAAAUUCUAGUCCCUACAUCAAUUUUCUGCCAAAAAUCCCCAUUUCUAGAUCAAAAUUUCACCCCAAAUUCCAAAAAAUCAAUAAUUUCCAGCUAUUCCUCAUGCCAAACAAUCUCCCGAUCUUCCGAUUCUUAUACAUCUCCAUCAAAUUGUCAACUUCAAUCAAAUCCCUCACAUUUUAGUUGUGCCAGUUAUCCAGAAGAAGACGAAAUUCGUCGAAUUUGUCCAUGUCGCGAUUUUCAGCCACAACAACAUGCUAUUUGCAAACAAUGCUAG